UAGCAUGUUGUUUUUUCCUUUAAAAAACAUUGUUUUUAAACAUUUUUAACCGAUAGAAUCUUGGAGAACCUUCUGAAAUAAACGUAAAAUUAAAUUUUCCAUCAAUUACAACUUUAAUUUUGUGCUGUCGUUCAUAUUCACACCGCAAAAAUGGCCAAAACGGGUCAUAGAUUUGAUAUAUUACAUCCUAAACAUCUGAAUCCGGAGAAUUUAACGUUUUCGAUGUUCACGGCGGAGGAAAUCAAGAAAUUGAGCGUCGUUGAAAUAUUGACUCCUUUAAUGUUUGAUACCCUGGGCAAUCCUGUUCCUGGUGGUUUAUAUGAUAAAAGAUUAGGUCCUAUGAGUGAAAAAAGUGAUCCGUGUGGUGUAUGCUAUAAAAAUUCAUAUCUGUGUCCAGGACAUUUUGGUCACAUUUCUUUGCCAUUACCCUUAAUUAAUCCUUUGUUUCAUAAAAUAAUUGCGACCAUUUUAAAAAUUUCUUGCUUGUCUUGUUACAAAUUACAAAUUUCAGGACAUAUAAAAAAAUCGCUGGUGAUUAAAUUAAAGUUGUUGAAUUGUGGUUUGGUGACUGAAGCUCAGGAAGUUGAUAAUGUAAUUACAGACCUAAUUAAUCAAUUUGAAACCAUUGAAAACAUUCCAGAAGACAAGCUUGAAUGCAUUAAUAAAUAUGAAACUUUGGUUGAAAAAUAUUCCUCUGACAAUGAUUAUAAAACAUUCAAUAACAAAAACGUGGAAAUGCUAAGGAAUCAGUUUGUAAAUGGGUUGUUAAAAGAAGUGAAGUCCAGAAAAUCAUGCAUCCAUUGUAAAACUCCCAUAAAUCCAAUGAAAAUAUUGAAGAACAAAAUAAUUUUAACCACACCAAAACUAGAACAAUCUCAUGAUGCAAAUACCUCAUCACUUGCAAGCAAAUUAAAAGUGAUGGAAUCCAAAUAUGUGACACCUGAAGAAUCAAAAAGGUACAUGAGACAAAUUUGGGCAGAAGAAGAGGAGUUUUUGGGUCAUAUUUUGUCAGUUUUGAAUGGAGUUAAAUGUGAACAUCCUACUGAUGUGUUCUUUUUUGAAGUGAUCCCUGUGCCACCAACUAAUGUUCGACCUGUAAAUAUUGUUAAUGAUAGGAUCAUGGAGAAUCCCCAGACUCAAAACUACAAGCAAAUUUUGUUUGAUAUUUUAACAUUAAAGACUAUUAUAGGGUUUGUACAAAAUAAGGCGGAAAACGUUUCUGCACAAGCCAAAGAAUUGUACAAUGCUUGCAGAGGUGCAACGGCGAUUGAAAAGCUCAACAAUUGCUGGGAGGAGUUGCAGAACGACGUGAACGGUUUAUUGGACAAAGAAAACGUGCAUUCGAAGGAGGGAAACGGGUUGAAACAAAUAAUAGAAAAGAAGUCGGGAGUGAUUCGUAUGCACAUGAUGGGAAAACGUGUCAAUUACGCAGCCCGAUCCGUAAUCACGCCUGAUCCGAAUUUGAACAUCGACGAGAUCGGCAUUCCGGAGACGUUCGCUAAACACCUGACUUAUCCGGUUCCUGUGACGUCGUGGAACGUGCAGGAGAUGCGGAAGUUGAUUCAGAAUGGACCAAAUGUUCAUCCUGGGGCCACAAUGGUGGAGUUUGAGGAUGGGAAAAUUAUUAGGAUUAAUACUUCAAACGCCAUACAACAAGAGAGUAUAUUUAAGAGGCUUCUGACUCCAGAUAAAGACACAGCUUUUAAGGGAGUUAAAAUUGUGCACAGACAUUUACAAAACGGAGACGUUUUAUUAUUGAAUCGACAACCAACUUUACACAAGCCCUCAAUUAUGGCACACAAAGCUCGUAUCUUAAAAGGAGAGAAAACUUUACGUUUGCACUAUGCAAAUUGCAAAGCUUACAAUGCUGAUUUUGAUGGGGACGAAAUGAAUGCCCAUUUUCCGCAAAACGAAUUGGCAAGAAGUGAAGGAUACAAUUUAGCAAAUGUAAGCAAUCAAUAUUUGGUACCUAAAGAUGGAAGUCCGUUGAGCGGUCUCAUUCAGGAUCACAUGAUUGCCGGAAUGAAAAUAUCGGUCAGAGGACGAUUUUUCAACAGAAUGGAUUAUCAACAGCUGGUUUACCAAGCUCUGGCGUACAAAACCUCAAAAAUAAAACUUUUAAAGCCUGCCAUUUUAAAACCCGUCGAGCUGUAUUCGGGAAAACAAAUACUUUCAACUAUACUUUUAAACAUAAUACCAAAAGAUAUGGAGCCAUUAAACAUGACGUCCACCACUAAAAUCCCAGCCAAAGCGUGGGAAAACGCGACUCCGAGGAAAUGGAAGGCGGGCGGAACGCCGCACAAGCACCCGAACGACAUGACCGAAGCCGAAGUGGUGAUCAGACAGGGCGAAUUGCUGGUAGGAGUGUUGGAUAAAACGCAUUACGGAGCGACCGCCUACGGUUUGGUGCACUGCAUUUACGAACUGUACGGCGGCACUUACGCCAUCAGAUUGUUGAGCUGUCUGGCCAAAUUGUUCACCGGCUUUUUGCAACGCGAAGGUUUCACUCUGGGAGUCAAAGAUAUAUUGACCGUGGCGGAGGCUGACGAAAUACGUACAGAGAUCAUUAAAAGAUCUAGGAAAAUCGGUAAGGAAACGAUAACUGCGGCGUUAAGUUUACCGGUCGGCACCAAACAGGAGGAUAUCGUUAAGAAAAUUGAGGAACAAACGGCCACGAAUCCCAAAAUAAGGGCCACAAUCGACAGGCAAUACAAAAGUGCUCUGGAUUCCUACACGAACGACAUUAACAAGGCCUGUUUACCGGCCGGUUUGAUCACGAAAUUCCCCCACAACAACCUCCAACUGAUGGUCCAAUCCGGUGCGAAGGGUUCCACCGUGAACACGAUGCAAAUCUCGUGCCUACUCGGCCAAAUCGAGUUGGAGGGUAAACGUCCGCCGGUGAUGAUCUCGGGCAAGUCCCUGCCCAGCUUUCCGGAAUUCGAGUUUUCGCCUCGCGCUGGCGGUUUCAUAGACGGCAGGUUCAUGACCGGUAUCCAACCGCAGGAGUUCUUCUUCCAUUGCAUGGCGGGGCGUGAGGGGUUGAUCGAUACCGCCGUCAAGACGUCGAGAAGUGGUUAUCUUCAAAGGUGUCUGAUCAAGCAUUUGGAAGGUCUGCAUGUCGGUUACGACAUGACUGUGAGAGACAGCGACAAAAGUGUCGUGCAGUUCAUGUAUGGCGAGGACGGAAUGGAAAUUAGCAAGGCUCAGUUUUUAAAUGAGAAACAGUUGGGAUUUUUGAAUGAAAACAAAAAAGUUUUGAAUGAUAAAAAAUUAAUUAAAACUUUAGAAAAAGAUCCGGUUGUGCAACAAGUACAACAGCACCACGACAAGUUAAAGGCAUGGAGGGAGACGUUUGGCAAUCCGAACGUGAAACAUAAAACCAGCGCAUUUCCGCUCUUCACCAAAGCGGUGAAAGCUAAAAUGAACUUAAGCAGGGACAAGUUGAUGAAGUUGUGGCGUGAAGCUGACGAUGACCUUAAACAAUCUUUUAGGAAACAAUGUGAACCUUGCCCGGACCCGUUGAAUUCGUUGUACCAGGCAGACAGUCACUACGGGUCCAUAAACGAACGAAUGGAAGAGUUGAUCGACAAAUUUAAUACCAAAAAUCUGAAGAAAAAGGAUAAGAAAACGUUCGAGAACAUUUUAAAACUGAAAACAAUGCAAAGCUACUGUUCCGCUGGUGAACCAGUCGGUUUAUUGGCUGCACAAUCAAUUGGAGAGCCCUCAACUCAAAUGACAUUGAACACCUUCCAUUUCGCUGGAAGAGGUGACAUGAACGUAACUCUCGGUAUUCCUAGGCUACGAGAAAUCCUAAUGAUGGCAUCGAAAAGCAUUAAAACUCCAUCCAUGGAAGUACCUUUCCUCCAAGUUCCAAAUCUGGAGAAAAGAGCUGAAGAACUACGCCAAAUUUUGACCAGAGUUGUGGUCAGUGAUGUUUUGGAGUACAUUGACGUCACUUCUACGCUCACCAUUCAACCGCAAAGGGAGUUCACAUAUACGGUGAGGUUCAAUUUCCUGCCUAGAGAAUGUUACAAGUCGGAGUUCUGCGUGAAGCCCAAGCAGAUAUUGAAGCACAUGCGGAAACGUUUCUUCGCCGAAAUGUUCACCGCCAUCAUGAAGUAUUCGAAGAUCAAAUCGAAUUUGGUGAUGAUGGAGGAGGAGAAGAAACCGCAAAACACGGAGGACAGCGAUGAUGAAUCAACCGAUAAAAAAUCGAAAGGUCAAAAGGACGAGGACAGUUCGGAUGAAGAGGUGGAGGACUCGGAGGACGCGAAAAUGACCAUGAAACACGAACAGGAGCGCGAGGAUCAAGAGCCCGAUGUGGAAGAACGGGAAAUCGAAAGCGACGAAGAGGAAGGCGAGAGUAAAAACGAUUUAAACAAAAAAGACGACGAAGAGUCUAAAAUUGUUGGGGCCUUUAAUUACGCCCAAAACUACAAGGAGGACAAAAAGGAUCAUUUGUGGUGUGAAAUCACGUUCGCCUUGCCGUUAAAGUUUAAAAAGCUGGAUUUGACCUACAUUCUGAAAGAAGUUGCUUCGAAAUCGGUGAUCUGGGAAACGUCACAAAUCAGGCGGGCAAUAACUUACAUGAAAGAUGACGUUCUGACCCUCAGGACAGACGGUAUAAAUAUCGUGGAGAUGUUCAAGUACAACAAACUGUUAAAUCUGAACAAAAUGUACUGCAACGACAUUCAUAAAAUGGCCGAGACCUAUGGGAUAGAAGCAGCUGCUAAAAUUAUAGUAAAAGAAGUUAAGGACGUGUUCAACGUGUAUGGCAUCAAAGUGGAUCCUAGACAUUUAUCUUUGAUUGCUGAUUAUAUGACUUACAAUGGUACUUACGAACCUUUGAGCAGAAAAGGAAUGGAAAGUAGUGCGUCUCCGCUUCAACAGAUGAGUUUCGAGUCUUCUUUGACGUUCCUAAAAGCUGCGUGUGCCAGAGGUAAACAAGACACUUUACAAACUCCUUCCAGCUGUCUGAUGGUGGGAAAACCUUGUAACACAGGAACUGGUUGUUUCACCUUAAACUACAAGCUUCCGUCAACUUUAAUUAAAAGUUAAUGAAUAUAUAAUAUAUAAUUCAGCAUUCAACGUAUUACAUAUAAUUAAUAAAACACAUAUUUUUAUUAUUAAGAAUAAAAGACAAAGAUUUAAAAAUGCA